AUGGGAUCAUCGGAACUUAGUUUGACUUGUAGACAAUCGACGGUGAAGCCUUAUAUUCCCAAAACGGUCAGUGAAUUUCUAACCGAAGUUUCGUUGAUUACUAACUCAUCUGAAAGACUUUCGAAGCUUGAUGAUUACGUCAAUAGACUCCAAGAUGAAAUGAAGAAGAUCGAUGCAUUCAAACGCGAGCUCCCUCUUUGCAUGCUCCUCAUCACUGACGCAAUUGCGAUAAUUGAGGGGGAGUUAAUGCAGUGCAAAAAAUCAAGUACUGAGCCAAUAUUGGAAGAAUUUAUACCAUUGAAGAAAAGUAGUGAUGCUUUAGACGAAAAAGUAGAGGCUCCAAAAGAUGAAAUUGUUAGCAGUCGAGAUAAAAUGAAUUGGAUGAGCUCUGUGCAGCUAUGGAACUCUGAUAAUCAAAACCCUUGCCUGGAUAUUGAAUUCAGCUACAAGAAAGCCUUUAAACAAGACAACGAAAGGAGAGCUGAAGAAAAUAAUCAGCCCGUGAAUUUGAUAGAUGAUUUGUUUCAGUCUAGCAAUAACAGAACAACAGUGGGAAGGGCUUUUAUGCCUUUCAAGGGUUGCAGUGGAUCAGGUUCAUCUUCUGCAGCUAAUUGUCAAUUGAAUUCGACGGCCAGGCAGCAGAGAAAGCAGAGGAGAUGCUGGUCACCUGAAUUGCAUCGGCGUUUUGUCAAUGCUCUGCAACAACUUGGAGGUGAACAAGUUGCUACUCCUAAGCAGAUCAGAGAUCUUAUGCAAGUUGAUGGUCUCACAAAUGAUGAAGUCAAGAGUCAUCUGCAGAAAUAUCGGCUUCAUACUCGAAAAGUUCCUCCUACUACAAGCACCUCAUCAAAUCAACCCGUUGUACUUGGAGGUCAAUGGAUGUCCCAUGAUCAGCAUGGUGAAUCCUCUAAAAAAAGCAAUUCCCAGUCUCGUUCUCCUCAGGGUCCUCUACAGUUAGCGGGAUCGUCUCGAGCGACUUCCAUGACGGGAGGGAAUAGCAUGGAAGACGAAGAUGAUGAAAAGUCGGAGAGCCACAGCUGGAAAAGUCACAUUCACUUGUGUGGAAGAGACGAUGCAUAG